AAUACUGAAGUGCGUGACUUUUUUUAGCUAAUGUAGUUAAGGGUGUGUAUAUGAUUGUAUUAGAAACUGGAAAGCAGGGGGUUCCUGGAAAGAGGAAAGCCCAUAAGCUCUGUAUAGAGGGGGAGGCUAGACUGUCUCACAUCCUGUCCCCUUGGAGCAGACACAGGCAGAACCCAAACGUAACAGAACACUACAAAGAGAGGUUCCUGAUUCCAUGGCCCGACCUCCCGCGACUCGAGCCCUGCAGCUGCUGCUGGCACUCAGCUGGAUUUUACGAGGUCAGAGCAACCUGACCAGCCUCCCCUUCCUCCAGAUGACCAAGAACCCAUUAAAUUCGAUUGAGAAUCAGGAACUGGUCACAACAGGUGAUUUUUUGAUAAAGCCUCAGACAGUCAUCACAAAGUCACUGGACAACCAGAUGAGCUGGAUUUUAACUCUUUCAGAAAAAUGCAAGCUGGAGCUACAAAGCCCCCUCAUUGUGAUUGUGGUGCCCGUCCUUUACUCGGUUGCAUUCCUUGUCGGACUCCCAGUGAACAUUCUGGCCCUGUGGGUGUUGAUCUUCCACACGGAGAAGAUCCCAUCCACCAUCCUCCUCAUCAAUUUGACAGUGCUGGAUGUGCUCCUCCUUCUGAUGUUGCCCUUCCGCAUCAUUUACUACUUUGCUGGCAAUGACUGGUUCUUCGGUGAGCCAAUGUGCCGACUGGUCAUGGCUCUGCUCUAUGGUAGCAUGUGUGGUUCAGUACUCACCUUGGCAUUAAUCAGCAUAGACCGGUAUACAGCUCUGGUGCACCCCUAUAGUGCUCUAACCCUGCGCAGCCAUUGCACCUCCCUGGCCAUGAGUGUGUCCGUUUGGGUGGUGGUUCUGUUGUCUAUGCUGCUCGUGUUACCCUUUCGCCAGUCCUACCAGCUGACCAACCUUCCCAUUAUCACCUGUUAUGAUGUCCAGUCUGAUUUUAUUAUGACUUUACUUUUCCCCUACUACAUCAGCUUUUACUGUAUUUGCUUCUUGCUCCCUCUGCUUGUAAUUGUGUUCUGCCACGGCGCCAUACUAAAGACCCUUCUGGCCAGAGGGCAAAGCUACUCCCACGCUGCCUGCCUCACUGCACUGAUAUUGCUAGGUGUCCUUGCAUGUUUCCUCCCUGGCCACAUCCUCCUGCUCCUGCUGCUUACAGAUCAAAUGGACAACCUCUAUGUGCCUUAUAUAGUCAGCCUGGCCGUCAGCUACUUUAGCCCCUGCAUUGAUCCCUUUAUCUACAACUAUGUGUCUGAUGACUUCAGGGGCAAAGUUCUCAGAGUGCUCUGCUGCUGCCAUGCCCGGCAACAAGUAUCCCCCAAUAACUGUGACAUACAUUUGUCAAGCAGCAGCCAAUCCAGGAGCACUUUGCUGUCUAAGUUUUUGGGGCAGAUGAAAAUGUGCCAGGAUUUGUGA